AUGAGUCACAGCCCAGAAAGGAUCUCGUCGUACCGCAGACGUUUCGAGGAAUGCACCACCUCCUCGUCCUCCACCGCGCUCCAGGUGAGGGUGUCCAGCGCCUCUCCUGCCCGCCAGCAGCGCUCCGCUAGCUACUCCCGCUCGGCCGCAGCCUCAGCUGCCAACGGCAUGGCGAUGGGACGCAGGGCUGUCUCCUCCUCCCGGAGGUCCCUGAUGGCGAGCGGCGCAAGCAUGGGCUCCGUCUGUGUGGGCGCCAAUGGAGAAGAGAUAGAUCUGGACGCAGCUGCCGCCGAGAAUCAGGAAUUCCUCAACACUCGCACCGGCGAGCGCAAGGAGAUGGUCGUGCUGAACGACAGGCUGGCUGCAUACAUCGAGAAGGUCCGGUCACUGGAGCAGCAGAAUAAGCUGCUGGAGACAGAAAUCGAGGCCCUCCAGAACCGGUUCCUGAAACCCACGGGCCUGCGCAUGCUGUAUGAAGAGCAGCUGAAAGAGCUGAGGAAACUUGCAGAACAAAUGAGGAGGGAGCGGGACCUGGCUGUUGCUGCUAAAGAUGCCAUGGCUGGACAUCUGGAGAUAAUGAAGGCCAAAUAUGAGGAGGCUGUGGAGCUGAGGAAGAAGGCCGAGAUGGACCUGGAGAACUUCCGCCCUGAUAUUGACGCAGCCACCUCCGCCCGCAUUGCUUUGGAGAAACAACUUGACAACCUGGAGGCCGAGAUUGAGUUCCUGAAGAGAAUUCAAAGACAGGAAAUCGAGGACCUCAUGAAACAGAUCUACGCUGCCCAUGCCUCCGCCCAAGGCGCCUACGGCCUUCCUGAUCUCUCGGAUGCUCUGAAGCAGAUUCAGAACGAGUACGACACCAUCGCAGCAAAUAAUCUUCAGAAAAUGGACUCAUGGUACAAUUCAAAAUUCGACGAUUUAAACAACAAAUCCACCAAACAUGUGGACAGGAUUCGUGGUGCCAGAGAGGAGAUUUCAACGGCCAAAAAAGAUAUUCAAGACAGGGAGCGAGACCUGGAUGGUCUGAAGACUAAAAACGAUGCUCUCGAAGCACAGAUUCUUGAAGCUCAAGAGAGACACAAAAAAGAGCUGGAGGCUCUCCAGGCCAGGAUCGAGGCUCUUCAGUCGGAACUGAAAUCCACGAAGGGGAAAAUCGCUCAGCUGCUGAUGGAGUACCAGGACUUGCUCAAUGUGAAGAUGAGCCUGGAGAUUGAGAUCACAACAUACAGGAAACUCAUUGAGGGUGAGGACGUGCGCAUCACCACCAUAGUGCAGGGACUGAUGAGCAUGAAAGCCAUCAGUGGAGCCGGAGCCAUGGUGGCUGGAAUUGGGGCCGGAAUGGGGGCUGAAGCUGCAGUCGAAGUAGCAGCUGGAAUGGCUGCCCACCUGGGAAUGGCAGCCAGUGGUCUUGCUGACGGAAGUGGUGGAGCAGCCAAUGGAAAUGGAAGCCUUGGAGCGGCCCUGGGAAAUGGCGUCCACGGCGAGACCAUCACUACCUACUCUGAGGAGCAGGCAGUGGAGGUGACCGAGAGGAAGACCGUCCUCAUCAGGUAA